AGUGUAUUUAUCUGGUGGCAUUUUCUCCCAAAAUAUCCGAGACUGCCAGGCUGUCUGUAUCACACAUAUACUGCUGCAUUCGACUGACAGUUCUCACACAUCAUCCACCAUGGCGUCGAGAUCUCUGGCAUUCAGGAGUCUGGCUCCUAUAGCUGGGUCCUCGAGGACUUUCGCAUCUACAAACGCCAUGCAUGCCGGCGCCGGUAGCGUUGGGCAGAAGAAAACGAAUGGUGAGUUCAGGACAAGGUGUUUUGAAGACUUGCCUUGGAUGUCGUUCCCCGGCCCAACGGCCUUUACUUCUUAUGAUCGCAUCUCUUCCCAUAGCACUAUAUGGCAGGGUCGCCUGUAUUGCCCGUCCUCGGCAUUCGUAACGUCCAGAGCUCUCAGCUAAGCUUCCUCUUCAGCCGCCGCCAAACCACAGGUCAAAAAGAAGACCGUUCUAACAAAGAACAGACCCGAGCGAGAGGUUAUGAGUGGUGGAGGAGGAGGAGGCUCCGGAACAAAGGAGUAGUCGAAUUCAGUCCUGAACGUCUGAUGGAGGACAAUGUCGGGCUGCCGACUCUAUUUCCCGUCUCUACACUUGGAGAACUCAAACCGUUCGGCCUGCCUAGGCAACUGGACAAGGAGUUGACGAGCUAUGGUCCUCCUGCAUCGGUCGUGAGAUAUGCGACACUGGGUAUGAAGCAUAUUUUAGAAAGCGGCGCAUCGCAAUCCUCCGAGGAAGCUCGAUACCUCCUCACCGGACACCGUGGGAGUGGCAAGAGCUUCUUACUUCUUCAGACAGUCUGUCAGGCCCUGGUCAAUAAUUGGAUCGUACUAUACUUCCCGAGAACCGGCGCAUGGAUCGACAGCACCUUUUCCUACGAAUACAAUGCAGAAUCUCAGACCUUCCAUCAACCGUCCUUAGCUUUGCACAUCCUUCAAACCAUAGCCUCAGUUAAUGGUUCUGAACUCUCGAAGAUUCCCUCACCGAAUAAGGACGGGACGCUGGCCGAUUUCAUCCGUAAAAUCAAGAAGGAAGAGCACGCUGUCAAAGGCCUGGAACAGGUCAUGACGGCGCUCGCAUCUCAGACUCAAGUCCCUGUCCUCUUGGCCAUGGAUGACGCGCAUACCUUAUUCGCCACGAGUAAAUACCGCUCACCAGAUUACGAAAAGUUGCGGUCGUACCACAUGUCUACUCCUCUCCUCAUGUUGGAUUACCUCACAGCGAGAAAGACAUUUAAUCGCGGAAUGGUUAUCUCUGCCCUGUCCUACUCUGAUACUGUCUUCUAUCCCAGUCUGUCACUCGAACAUGGUCUAGGCCUCGAAUCGGACCGUCAUCUCGACCCGUAUGACACGAUCGACCCUACGCACUAUGCUCAUGCCACGUCGGGUAUCAAGAAGAUUCAUUUGCCGUACGGCAUGUCCACAAAGGAGGCUGCUGGCAUGUUUGAAAUUUGGUCACGUAAAGGAAUUGUCAGGAGAUCAACGGACGAGACUUUCAUGGGAACCUUUGCGGCCGCUGCUGGGAAUCCCAAAGAGAUGAGGAGAGGCGUUCAUCUGACUAUCCAAGCCUAUAAUUAUUCUCCUGCGGGUCUCCAUGAAUGAUCACGGUCAUGCAUCAGGCC